CUCCCAGAUGAGGGGGAGUACUUCAGGAUGACUCAGGUUUCCUUCUUCCUGUUUUCCAAACAAACUGCGCAACAACAAGCAGCCAGACUUUGUUCUCCUCUAACAGACACAAACAGUCUACAGGAGCAGGCAGGAUGUCUGUGACCAUGACCAAGGCUGAGGGGAUCACUAUGAUCACUUUGACCUCUGACCCCCAAAGUUUUUGUCCUCCACUGUGCCAAAUCUUCAAAGGCCUCUGCUACAGCCCCGUGCUCUGCUCUGUGUCUCAGCACCUGAGGAGGGUCCAGAGAAAUUCUCAGUCCGUUCUGGGGGCUCUGCACAUUAUGGUUGGGUUGCUCAACAUCGGCCUUGGAGUGAUCCUCUGUAGCAGUCGCGGUGGCUCUUGGUAUCUAAUGGAUAGUACCUUGUUUCCUUUUUGGUUGGGAGGAUUGUUCAUGCUGUUUGGCACUAUUUGCAUUUUGUCUGAGAAGUGCCCGAGUCCAUGUCUGGUCAUCCUCAAUGUGAUCCUGAAUCUAGCGGGAGUUGCUUUCGCCAUUGCAGCCAUCGUACUCUACAGCGUCAAUAUGGCAAACAUAUACAUGUGGUGGAUGUGUGGCGAUGAUAAUUAUUAUAAUUAUAAUUACCAUUCAAGACACACUACUACAACUCCACCUCCUGGGGAGGAGAUCAUGAAGGAGAAAUGCCUGGAGGGCAAAGAACUGGUUCUGAUGCUGUUGAGAAGCAUGCAUGCUGUGCUGAUUGUCCUGUCAGUCCUGGAGCUCUGCCUCGUCAUCAGCUCUGCCGUCCUGGGGAUCAAGGCUCUGAGGAGCCGUGAGGACGGAGAAAAGAAGAAGAUUGGUGACCCAGAACUCUACAAACCACUGCUGGAGGAAGUCACCAGUAACCCUGCGGCCUAAAAUCCGCUUUGUGCUGUCAGAUAUCAGGUACUAUAAUCCUGUGCAUAUAUACCAUUGACUGUAUGUACUGUAACGUCAAUGAUUUACACAAAUUCAGCUGUCUCUGACAAACGUCUGGGUCCUUUCCUACAAGGGAUGCUUACAAAUAUUUUGCACUUAUAUUUUAUUAUAUUAUUUUUGAUAAUAAUCUGCACUAAAUUGUAUAUGCUGCUUUCCAUUUCAUUCUCUGUGGAUGUUUUUAAAAACUGUUCCUGUUGAUUUUGAUUUUCUAUCAGUGUGUUUGUAGGUAAAAGGGAGGUUCAUGCACAUCUGUGUGACGGACACACACAUCGAUCGGCUGAUAGGGUUUUUAUUUGCUAUUUUACGUUAUGAAGCCAUGUUUAAAAAGUUAAAUUAAUCAAAACGAUUGACUGUUACAUAUAUUUUGGUAUAUUUCUGCUCUGUACUUUAUAUUAAACCUGAAAGCGGUAUUGAGAAAUUGAAUCCGUUCAGUAGUCUAGUUGUGCUCUUUGUGUAGAAAUACAAAUGAUAAUUAUAAAGAGAAGUGUGGGUUGAAGGUCAUUAUAUUCCUCUUUUUCUAAAUGCUUUUUCUGGACAAAUAAAAGUUAAAUAAAAUGAUUAAAGUCUGCUCAGCAGUGUCAAUCCA